UCUCGCAAGCACUUCCCACCUCGGGCGAAAGUCCGCCGGGCGCCGGAUCCGCCGCCCGGCCGAGAGGAGGGGUCGCGCCCGCCCGCCGCUCGCCGCUUUCCCGGGGAUUGCUACUCUGCUUUGAACUUAAAUGAACUAGCCCCGGACCGCGGGAGGAGGAGGAGGGAGAGCCGCGUCCUCCUGCGCCUUCUGCCGCCUGGCCGCCGGCCGCACCUUGCUCCGGCACCCCCUCCCCGCCGCCGGGGAUGCUCUGAGCCCUCCCAGCCAUGACACCCACCUGCCCCCCGGCGCCGCCAGUCCCUCGCUCCCACGGACUCUGCUGACUCCCCCAAGGCCGGCGCAGCCCUCCCGCCCCCCGGAAAGUACUUCGCUGCCCGCUCCGCCGGGCCGGGGGCCCAGCGCAUCCCGCCGCUCCCCUCCUCUCCUGUCCUCGUGUGCUUUUUUGUUUUGUUUUGUUUUCCUUUUUUUUUCUUUUUUUCAAUUUUUUUCUCCCCUAAGUCUUGAAGUUGAGUUUUAGAGGCGACACGGCGGCUUCAGCCGAUUUCUUCCCCUUCCUUUGCCUCCCCAUGGAUAUGCACUGCAAAGCAGACCCCUUCUCAGCAAUGCACCCAGGGCACGGGGGUGUGAACCAGCUCGGGGGGGUGUUUGUGAACGGCAGGCCCCUACCUGACGUGGUGAGACAAAGGAUAGUGGAGCUGGCUCACCAGGGGGUGCGACCCUGUGACAUUUCCAGGCAGCUGCGGGUCAGCCACGGUUGUGUCAGCAAGAUCUUGGGCAGGUAUUACGAGACGGGAAGCAUCAAGCCCGGCGUGAUCGGAGGCUCCAAACCCAAAGUGGCCACCCCCAAAGUAGUGGAUAAAAUCGCCGAGUACAAAAGACAAAACCCGACAAUGUUCGCCUGGGAGAUCCGGGACAGGUUAUUGGCCGAGGGCAUCUGCGACAACGACACGGUCCCCAGCGUCUCCUCCAUAAACAGGAUCAUCAGAACCAAAGUUCAGCAACCUUUUCACCCAACACCAGAUGGGAGUGGGACAGGUGUGACUGCACCAGGACAUACUAUUGUGCCCAGCACAGCAUCCCCUCCUGUCUCCAGUGCCUCCAAUGAUCCAGUGGGCUCUUACUCCAUUAACGGGAUCCUGGGGAUUCCUCGGUCGAAUGGCGAGAAGAGGAAACGUGAUGAAGAUGUAUCCGAGGGCUCAGUUCCCAAUGGAGAUUCCCAGAGCAGCGUGGACAGUUUGCGGAAGCACCUUCGUGGCGACACUUUCACCCAGCAGCAGCUGGAAGCUUUAGAUCGAGUUUUUGAGCGUCCUUCUUACCCUGACGUCUUUCAAACAUCAGAGCACAUCAAAUCUGAGCAGGGUAAUGAGUACUCCCUCCCAGCUCUGACCCCUGGUCUCGAUGAAGUCAAAUCAAGUCUAUCCACCUCUGCUAACCCAGACCUGGGGACAAAUGUGUCAGGACCCCAGACGUACCCUGUGGUGACCGGUCGUGAUAUGGCAAGCACCACCUUGCCUGGCUACCCACCCCAUGUUCCCCCAACUGGACAAGGCAGCUACCCAACAUCAACUCUUGCAGGAAUGGUUCCUGGGAGCGAGUUCUCAGGGAAUCCCUACAGCCACCCUCAGUACACGACCUACAAUGAGGCCUGGCGGUUCAGCAACCCUGCAUUACUAAGUUCCCCUUAUUAUUAUAGUGCCACAUCCCGGGGCUCCGCACCUCCCACUGCUGCCGCUGCCUAUGACCGCCACUAGUUACCAUGGAAACCACAUGAAACUGCAGGGUGACAGCUUAGGCCUCCACAUUGUACCUGUCUGAUCACCUCCCUCCAUCCCUGGGAAGGGUGAAGAGACCUUCUCCGUUCCUCCCCACAGUCCAGUUCCUUCCUCUUCGCCACGAAGGCGCCGGACCAAGCGCUCACCACAUGAGACUGAGACCCCCUUGUUCCCCCUGCCCUCCACCCGCGCCAGAAACAGCCUGCGGCCAAGUGGCUUCCCCUGCAAGAGCCCUCCAACACCCCUGGGUAAAGCUCAGCCAUGCAAAGUCCCCUCAGCUUCCAGGACUCCAGGGGCACUGGGAAGCAAUGCAGCUGGCAACCAUUGCCUUACAGGACCCCUUUCUGGGAGCGGGAAGGGCCAGGGAAGCAGGGGAGAACGCCGCUUGUGAAACACUGUUCCCCAAAGAUAUACUCUUCUGUGGUGGACUCUUGAGUGUGUGUAACCUGUGAUGCUCACCCUGUUUCCCUGGACAGAGGGAACAGUCUGGCUAGAGCAAAGAUGGCAGCACCUGGCCCAUCUGGCAAAUGAAGAAAGGACCAAGUAAAGAUCUGCACCCCAUGAGGGGUUCUCUGUGCACCUCAUCCCCACUUUCCAGCAUGGAUUCCUCCAGAGUUGGCUGCACCUCACGGGUGGUGACUUUGCAGGCCAGAGUUGGGAGGAACCUCACACAUACACCCACAAUUUCUGUGACACACAAUCAGCUCAGACAGGAGGAUGGAGCAACAUUUACAAACAAACCGACGAAAUGAAGAAAUAUAUAAAUAGAUAUAUAAAUAUAACUGUGUUUUUAUGCUUUGUCAUGAAGGUCUGUAAAAAGGAACAAAAA